AUGCAGGGUGAUGAGCCACUGAACAUGAGAAAGUUGUUCAUUGGUGGCCUGCCACAUGACGCCACGGAUGAAACCCUGCAAGAAUAUUUCUCUAAGUACGGAUCAGUUGUUAAUUCAUCUGUCGUUAAAGAUAGUGUCACAAAGAGGUCUCGAGGUUUUGGCUUUGUGAUAUUUUCCAGUUCAAAGAUGGCAGAUGAUGCCCAGGCAGCCAGACCGCACGUCAUAAAUGGCAAGGAGGUUGACACCAAGAGAGCCAUUCCUAAAUCUGACAUGGACUCGACAUACAAGAAUCAUUCCAACAUCCAAGAGAAGCGAGUUUUCAUCGGAGGCCUGAGAGGUAGCACGACAUCCGAGAUCCUAAAUACUCACUUCAGUACGUAUGGGGUCGUAGAAUCUGUUGAUCUCAUCCUAGAUCCGAACACGCAUCGCAAUCGAGGGUUUGCCUACAUUGCUUUCGAUGACUCAGAUUCUGCUGGGAAAGUUAUUUUACAAAAAUAUCACGUGAUCGACGGCCGAAAAUGCGAGGCAAAACCUGCUUUUCAGAAACAGCAGCGCUACCCACACUCACAUCAGAUGGAUGGUGGCUAUGGGGCAAUGGGCUCGUACGGCAGCUACGCUGGCAGCUACAUGAACUACAUGGACCCCUGCUACCAGCCACACAAGUCAUGUUGCGAUCAUUAUCAUCAUCACCAUCACAGAGGUAGUUCAAGGUUGAUUUUUUUUCUAUAA